AUGCUUCUCAAUAGUCUUGCAUUUAACAGAAUUAAGGCUUCAUAUUCUUCUAACACAGAUGAUGCAUUUCCAAAUUGUGACUAUAUUACUCCAGGAUUUAUUGUUAUGAAAUCAGGAGAAUCAAAAUGCAUUAAUAAUACAUUUUUUAUUGCCAGCAAUAAUACAAAUUAUAAUGUUGAAGCAAGAUAUGAAAACUUGCAUUCACACAAAUUUACUGAAGCGAUAAAGGCAAAUAGACCUUUUGCUGUAUCAAUUAACGAUACAGACGAUCAUGAUGUUCAUUCUAAAAUUACAUGUUUAGAGGAAAAUAAAGGAUGUAAAUUCCAGAUAGUUUAUGUAGUGGCAUCAGAAAUCUGGAAUGAUACUGAAAUAGAUGGUGGAAAAACCAAUAUAUACAAUAACUCCAUUCUUUCUUAUUUUUCAACAAAAUCAAAUGGAUCACAAUAUUUACACACCAUUGAAGUUUGGGAUUACAAUCAUAAUACUAAGGAAGCAUCUAUAUCUUCUCAAAGAUUUGUUUAUACAAAUAUCGACCCAUCUAUCAAGAAAAUAACAAAUACAUCAACACAUCCAAAUAUAACUCUUGAAGUUACAGUCUUUCCUGAGCGUUCAUUAUCAAAUGCAACAAGUUUUAAAGCCGAAACAUUCAUUUUAGAUCGCUUUCGGGACGUUGCAAAUGCAAUUAAACAGGGAAAGUCAGCAAAAAAGAUAGUUGAAAGUAAUGUUUUGUUGGAAUUUGAGAAAAUUGGAGAUCCUUAA